AAGCACUACCUGUCUUUCUGUCAUCCCUCUGUAACACACCUGCUCAUCUCUCUGUCGGUCCGUCUGUCCGCAAUGAGCGCCUCCAACAACAACUUCAGCAGCCGCUCAAUGGGCUCAAACUCCCGUGCCGGAGAACAAAUACCCCGGCAGGGUAACUCCUAUUUCGGGUUUGGGAAUAUGUCGCCGGCUGCGGCCCCCAUCAGGCCUGUGUCUGUUAAUACGAGCCUCCUAAAUCCUGUGGAUCUUCAGCUGGACCCAAACCUGCAGGCUGUGAAGAUCCAGGAGAAAGAAGAGAUCAAAGCUCUCAAUAAUCGCUUUGCCACCUUCAUCGACAAGGUCCGUAAAUUAGAGCAGGAAAACAAGAUUUUGGAGACUAAAUGGCAGCUGCUACAGAAAGAGUCCAAACCUGAUUCUAAACUGCAGCCCAUGCUGAAGUCCUACAUCACUUCCCUGCGGGCACAGCUGGAGCGGGUGAACAAAGACAGAGAACACCUGGACGCCGAGCUCAGGAAUGCCCACGCACAGGUUGAGGAACAAAAACGCAGAUAUGAAGAUGAGAUUAACAACAGAAACACGGCUGAAAAUGAGUUUGUUCUUCUGAAGAAGGAUGUGGAUGCUACAUACUUGUGUAAAAAUGACUUGGAAGAUAAAAUAGCAGCAAUCCUGGACGACCUGAAAUUUUUCAAGAGCUUCUAUGAACAGGAGCUGCAUGAGCUGCAGCAUGACGUGAAAGACAUGGACGUUGUGGUGCAGAUGGACAACAGCAGGCAUCUGAACAUGGAGAAGAUCCUUGAGGAUGUGAAGAGACAGUAUGAGGAGAUUUCAGCAUCCAGCCGAAAGGAAGCUGAGGCCUGGUAUAAGAACAAGUUUGACUUGAUCUCAUCAGAGGCUAAGAAGUGCAACACUGAGCUGAAAGACAAUAAAGGUGCAAUAGCUGAUUUGACAAGGCAGAUAGCGCGACUGCAAAAUGAGAUUGACUCAGCUAAAGUACAGCGUCAUCACUUAGAGGAGCAAAUCCAAGAGACGGAGCGUUGCGGUGAGGAGGCGGUGCUUGACGCCAAAAAACAAAUCAAAUCACUAGAGGACGCACUGCAGAAAAACAAACAAGAAAUGGCCAAACAUAUUCGUGACUACCAGGAGCUGAUGAACGUCAAACUGGCUCUGGAUAUUGAGAUUGCCACCUACAAGAAACUACUGGAAGGAGAAGAGAACAGGCUUGGACGAUAAACGCUAAUGAACAGCAAGAAUCCGACUGUCUACACAUUCACUCAAGUCAUGUCAUCUCUGCUCGUCACUGCUGAAUAAAGAUUAGUGAGCAAUUGACAACAAGAAGAAAAGAAAGUUCAAUUCAGUUCUUUUUUCUUUUCUUUUUUAAAUCGUUGACAUCCUGCUUAUGAAUAAAAUCAUUUUGGGCUCUUUUAUGAAGGUCAAAUUAAUACUAUACUUUCUGUAAUUGUUUUCUCUUUAUGCAUAUACAUUAUAGAUUUACUCUUAUCCCAGAUUCUGAAUUUUAAUCUGAACCUAUUAAAAUUCUAAAAUGUAAUUAAGAAUUUAAAAAUACAUUUAUAAAUGAAAAACUUAUGGAUUAUUUCAUUUGUUUAAUGCAGUGCAAAAUCUAAAACUUUGAAGUGUGUAUUGCAUAACCCUGGUGAAAAAAAACAGCAUAUGCGGGUAAGUAUGUUUUGAUGCUGGGAUGCUGGUUAGGUAGGUUUUGAUGCUGGUUUAUGCUGGUCCUUUGCUGGUUUAUGCUGGUCAUGUUGCUGGUCAAGGACCAGCAUAAACCAGCAAAGGACCAGCUUAAACCAGCAUCAAAACAUACCUACCAGCUGUUUUUUUCACCAGGGAAGACUGCUGCAAAUGCCUAAACAUACGUGACAGUGUCAUCUAAAGAAUCUGAAGCAUCUUGUCAUCAUCUGAGAAGAGCUGUGAUUAGAGUCCAGACAGCUUUGCCCAGGUCAUGGUUUAAAAGCAAUACAGGGGUUAAGUGUGUUAUUUUGUCUUCAAAAAGAGAAACAGGCCUGAUAAGAUUCCAAGGAAAGUAGCUAAUGCUAAAACAACAACACCCCCUUAACACCUUAUCCAAACAUCUUUACAAAUACUCACAACUGUGAUGAAAGAUAACAUUUUGCCACUUUCUCAUGUGAUUGAAUGAUUCCUUUUUUCCGUGGGAACACAAACAUAGUGCAAAAUAUACAGCUAAGCAACCACCUCCAAACCCAACCCAACAAGGUAACUGAAGCUGAUUGCAAAAUACAAAUUAAUAUGCAAAAUAAAUAGCACAUACAUUGUAUUCCUGUCACUAAAACGUAAAACGUAAAAGAAAUGUGAUGAUGUAAGUUGGCUCUAGAUGGCGGUGUUUAACUUCUCUUUGCUUCUGUGUUCGGAUUCUACGAAAUACUUGUACACUAGUUUUUUGGUUUCAUAUUCCCAGAGAGUUAUUUAAGAAAUUAGGAGGAAUAGAGUGUCUGUUAAGAUGUGAUUUCACUGCUCAACGUCUCCCAGUUAAAUUAUCACAGUUUCACCAGCAAGUCUUGCUAUAUUGGAAGAUUUUAUAUAAACAUAAUUUCACACCACAUAAUACACCACUAUGGAAUAACAGAUACAUUACAGUUAGAAACAAAUCAUUGUGUGAUAAGGAUUGGAUGGAGAAAGGUAUUUGGUCAGUGUCUCAUUUAAUGGAAAAGAGUGGUAUUAUAUCAUAUGAGAGUUUCUGCAUUAAAUAUUUAAGUUGUAAUCGGGCUAAAUUUGAAUCGGUUGUUAAAGCUAUCCCUAAUUCUAUUAUUAGUCUAAUUAAAGAAACUCUCUUUUACUCUAAUACCAUGACCUUAUGUUUAACUCCACUGGUAAUUGAAGGCUGUGAAUUCAGAGAAGGUAAACUAUCAAACAAAAAUAUUAGAAAUAUGUUUAACAAUAUUUCCUAUCCUAGCAUAGUUUACAGAAAUUCAAUUACUUACUAUUUACAAAAAGAUAUCAUUCAUAGUCUCAGAACUAAAUAAUUUCCUUUAUCUCCCAAAAUUAAAGAAAUUCAUUUUAAAAUCUUAAACGGAAUAUAUCCAUCCAGUGAGUACUUAAGACUUAGAUUUGGAUUUGAUACUAACAAAUGCAUAUUCUGUGAUGAUAUUGAAACCACAGAUCACUUGUUUUUUCAUUGUAUGUAUGUAGAUGCAUUAUGGUUGGAUAUCCAUGACUGGCUUUACCCAAAGGUACGUAACCUUGAUAGCUUCACCCUAAAGGACAUUAGCUAUGGACUUGUAAUGAAUAAUAGUAAAGAUGAUCUUCUGGUAAAUAACAUCCCCAUGUUGGGUAAAUUCUAUAUACUUAAGUCAAAAUACUUGAAAGUAAAACCAACCUUUUGUGCAUUUCAUAAUGAGUUUAUUCUGUAUACAAAAGCCCUAAAGGUAAUGAAAGGUAAAAAUGCAGUAAAUUUGUUUUCAAUUAUUAUAGAAUAUGAUUUACAAGAAAAACCCUAAAAGCCCCCCCGCAUGGAGGUUUUUUUUUUU